UUUUACGUCAACCUCUGAACUAUGCAAGCACAUUGGUACCAGUACUUCAACUAACCUAAUUACUACUUUCUGUCGAGAUGUGCAUACAUGUAUGUCACCUACUCCUAUUGAUCCAACUUCUAUGAAACGAUUUUCCAAUGGAGUCACCAGGGCACAUACACCAUCACCUGUUAUAUUUAGUUCUGAUACACCAAUUUCGAAAGCAGCAACAUAUUUAACCAGUAAAAAGCUUGAUAAUAGCAGUAAUGUUUUAUCUCAGAUUGAUGGUGCCUUCUUAGAUACAAGUCCAAGACCAUCAAAGACGGCACUUAUCGUUUCCCCAGGGAUAUUUUCUCCGCCCCCUUCCUUAUAUAUAUGUCGAAUGGAGGAGUCAAGAAAACAAACACAUUAUUUAGUAUGCCCUUUUACAGGGUCGCCUAUUCAAGAUAUAAGACUUCAGGACAUUGCAUUCACGAAAGUUGGAACCAGAGAUGAUCAGUAUAAAUGUUUAGGUACAGGUAUAACGUCAGCUGUCUUUGAAGGACGAGUUGUUAUAAACAAUUCUUUUGAAAGCGUCGCUGUCAAACUUUUCAAAGAACCGUUUGACAACCUAGAAGGGAUAUCUGCGGAAGCAGGGCUUCUAAAAAUGUUAGAAACGACAGGAAUUACGCCAAAGCUGUUCGGUAUAUUACAAAGAACCGCGGAAGGAAACCACCCGGGGAUUGUCCAAGAGUUGGUGCAGAACUCAAUAACCCUGCAUCAACUUAUUGUCGGACAAUCUCAUUUUAUUACCAAACAAAAAUGGUACAAUAUUGCAUACCAACUAGCAUUUGGUUUAAAAUCUAUAAAUGAAAAAGGUGUUUUGAUUAACGAUUUAAAGUCAGACAAUAUUUUAGUAAAUAUUAACUCGGAGGACUGUCGUAUAACUUUUAUUGACAUGGGCCAUGCUAGUUUUAUGCACGGAAAGAGAUUUCCGAUGACCACAGAAGAAGCUAGUAUUUACACCCAUCUCGCACCGGAAAUAGCUAGUGGUGAGGAAACAUCAGAAUCGUCCGAAAUAUUUGCGCUGGGUUGGAUUUUCAAAAGUAUACCUUUAAAAGAACUCUCAUUUAUUUCUCAUAAAUGUUUAUCAAAAUUUCCUCUACUUAGACCUUCUGUUUAUGAUAUACUGAAUUUUGUCGAAGAAAUAAUGUGACUUUUACUUUUGUCAUUUUAUAUGUUAUUGUUAUUUACUGCAUUGUUUUUCUUUAAUUUAUAGUUGUUAUUAUUUGUUUUUUUACUUGCUUAAUCGCUAGUAUUUCAAUUUUGAAAACAAUAAAAUAGGCAUCCACCAUUUUCAUCUUUGGGGAGUGUGUUUUUUCUAUGGUCAACCGAAUUAUGUUCAACUUUUUAUCAAUUAAAAAUUAGAUUUUUAAAUCAAUG